UUUAUUUACAUUUUUGAGGUUAUGUAAGUAGUAGAGUCGUAAAGUAGAGUAGAGAGCCUAAUAAUUAAGUAAUAAAUAUUUGAAACAACAAUGCCGGACAAUGAAACUACUGAGAAAUCAGAAGUAACCUCAAUACCUAGUGACAAACCAGAUACUCAGAAUGGUCAAAGUACUAGUAAUUCAGAUGAAAAUGAUGAGCCUGAAGAUAAGUGGGUGAUUAGAGAAUGUGAAUUGUACAAAGAUGAAUACAAGGACUGCACAAGCUUUAGAGGGCGAUUUCAACAGUUGUUUGUCUAUGGUGAGACUCUGGACUGCAACCAGUGGAAGAAGGAUUACGAUAACUGUUGCAAGUGGGAAAGUGACAGAGAUAAAAAAGCUGCUGAAGCCUUAAUAGCUAGUGAAAAGGCAAGAAGAAUGGAAAGAUUAAGAGCUCAUUACAGAAAUGAUGUCUGGAAAAAGAGGGAUGCUCCUCCACCUGAUUGGGACAAACCAUUGCCAGAAUGGAUGGAAAAAAGAAAUGAAAACACACUGCUAGCACAAAAGGCAAAGGAAUUAAAAGAAGGCAAAUUGCUAGAUGACAAAAAGUCUUCUUGUUCAAUCAUGUGACCUUUGAUGAUAGUAAAUAUAGUAUAGUUAAUUUAUAAUAGUUUGUAGAUAAUAAAUUUAAGUUGUUAAAUCGUUA